AUGAACUCUCAUUCAACCACUAAGAAUGGUAAGCAUGAUAACCUAUGGAUUUCAGAUACUGGUGCAACAAACCAUAUUUCAUUUGAUAAAACUGCUUUUCUUACAUGCACUAAUAUCAUACAUGUUCAUGUUAAUCUACCUGGUGGUCCUCAUAUCACUGCAUCCAUGUCUGGCAGUGUCAUUGUGUCACCUUCUCUUACUUUACACAAUGUUCUGUACAUGCCAAUUUUUCAUGUCAAUCUUAUCUCUAUUUCUAAGCUUGUCAGUAGUAAUAAUUGUUCUGUUCAUUUCACUGUUGAUACUUGCCAAAUCAUGCAGAAUCUUUCCAAGGCAAUGAUUGGUACAACUAGGUUGCAACGAGGACUGUAUGUUCUUGACUCUGCACCUCAACCUUCAGCUUAUAAUUCAAUUUCUAAUGAUACUUGUAAUCUUUGGAAUUAUAGAUUAGGACGCAUUCCUGAUAUAGCCUUACAAGCUCACAAAACCAAAUUUGACUCUAAGGCCAGAAAAUGUGCGUCUCUUGGUUACAAGGAUGGCACAAAGGGGUUUAUCUUGUCUACUACCACUACUGAUAUGCCUAUUUCACAGGAAAGUGAAAUACAAACUAUCUAUCAUGAAACUGACACCCCUGCUGGUCCUUUUGACUUAGACACAUCCCCUUUAUCCAAUAUCCAACAUCCUGAGUCUGUUACCCUUCCUAUAAAUAAUUCCAUUAAUUCAAAUUUUCUUAACACUACAGUUUUAAAUGAAUCUGAUCAUAUUCCCUCCAAUAGUCACAAUUUUAUCCAUAAUACUGACACUUAUAGUCCUGUAGAUAAUAACCAGUCUGCUCAGUCUUUUCCCAACCGUUGUACCCUUAGUUCUAGUAUCUCUCCUACUGCUCUUGUUGAUAACACCUUAUCCCUCCCUAUAGCUCUUACUGAUAAUCCUAAUCCACCUCAGCCUAUGAGACAAUCCAACAGAACCUCUCAUCCUCCAAGUUACUUAUCAGAUUAUCAUUGUUAUUCUGCUAUAAGCAAAUCUUAUUCAUUGCAUUCACAUGAUUUUAACAUUGCAUAUCAUUUAUCUUUAGUACUUACUUAUGAUAAAUGUCUCCCAUCUUAUAAACAUUUUUGUUGUGCCAUAACCUAUAACACUGAACCAAAAUAUUUCAACCAAGCCAUUAAGUUGGACUGUUAG